GGUCUGUGCUGAGCGGGAAGGAGUGGUAGCGGGCGAGGGGCCAUGGCGCGCACAAAGCAAACGGCGCGUAAGUCGACGGGCGGGAAGGCGCCCCGCAAGCAGCUGGCCACCAAGGCGGCCCGCAAGAGCGCGCCGGCCACGGGCGGCGUGAAGAAGCCGCACCGCUACCGGCCCGGCACGGUGGCGCUGCGCGAGAUCCGGCGCUACCAGAAGUCGACGGAGCUGCUGAUCCGCAAGCUGCCCUUCCAGCGGCUGGUGCGCGAGAUCGCGCAGGACUUCAAGACCGACCUGCGCUUCCAGAGCUCGGCCGUGAUGGCGCUGCAGGAGGCGAGCGAGGCCUACCUGGUGGGGCUCUUCGAGGACACCAACCUGUGCGCCAUCCACGCCAAGCGCGUCACCAUCAUGCCCAAGGACAUCCAGCUGGCUCGCCGCAUCCGUGGAGAGCGGGCCUGAAGGGGCUUCUGCCAUAGCCCCUCCACAGUUCUAGCAGAUGAGACAGCCCAUACAAGCCCAAAGGCUCUUUUAAGAGCCAUUC